CUGACAUUAAUGAGGAAGUAGGAUUGUCAAGCAGGUUUUCUCGGCUUGCAUCUUGGAAAAGUCUAGUGAGAGCUAUUCAGUUUCUCAAAGCCUUUAUUAGAAAGUUGCAUCAAGAGAGUCCACCUUCUCGACAAGAAGUGGAACAAUUUAUCAUCAAAACAGUGCAAGAAGAGGCAUUUUCAAAUGAUAUCAAUGCAAUUAGUUCUGUUGGUCGGUUACUUCCUAAAUCAAAUUUAUUGUCGCUUUCACCUGUGUUAGACAAACAUAAUAUUCUUAGAGUUGGUGGACGGAUACGACAUGCAAAAAAUGUUGAGCUACAUCUUCAGCCAAUAAUUAUUCCAAAGAAACAUCAUUUAGCUGUGUUACUGACGCGUCACUAUCAUGAAUUGACAUGUCAUCAAGGAAGACACAUGACUGAAUGAGCCUUGCGUUCAGGAGGCUUUUGGGUUAUAGGCAGUAAAAGGUUAGUUUCUACAAUCAUCAGACAAUGUGUCACAUGUAAGAAAUUGCGAGGUCAGUUUAAAGUACAAAAGAUGUCUGACCUUCCGGAAGAUAGACUCACUCCAGGACCUCCUUUUACCUUUGUGGGAAUUGAUACAUUUGGACCAUACCAAAUCAUCCAUAGAAAAACUAGAGGCUCAUCAAUCAAUCAGAAAAGAUGGGCAAUAUUAUUCACAUGUUUGGUUUCAAGAGCGAUACAUAUUGAAGUCAUAGAAGAAAUGAGUAGCGCCAGUUUUAUCAAUGCAUAUCGUCGUUUCAUUGCUAUCAGAGGAUCUGUUAAAAUUCUUCGAUCAGACAGAGGAACAAAUUUUGUUGGUGCAAUACAAGAUUUAGGAAUCACAGCCGAAUUCAUUGAAAAAGGCACUGUUGAUACAAUGCUAUCACAAUACGGAACUAUAUGGAAAUUCAACCCUCCGCAUGCUUCACAUUUUGGUGGAUCAUGGGAAAGGAUGAUAGGCUUGAGCAGAAGGAUUUUAGAUUGCAUGCUCAUUCGUGAGAAAAAUAGACUUACACAUGAAAUUUUAGUUACUCUAAUGGCAGAGGUCAGUGCUAUUGUGAAUUCAAGGCCGUUAGUAUCUGUCUCUACUGACCCGGAUAACCCGGAAGUAUUAUCUCCGUCUAUGCUCUUAACACACAAGAAAGGACAGGAUGAACAAUCUAUGCUACAAUUUGGAACUAAGGACAUGCUACGUAGUCAGUGGAAGAUGGUUCAAGGACUGGCAGAUGAAUUCUGGUCAAAAUGGAAUAAAGAAUAUUUACAUACACUACAAGUAAGGAAAAAGUGGGAAUUGCCGAUAAAGGACUUAAAUAUAGGAGACAUAGUUCUCAUGAGGGACCGAGAGUUACCAAGACCACAGUGGCCGAUGGCAAUAGUAACAAAAGUUUUCCCCAGUGCCGACAUGAAAAUCCGAAAAGUGGAAAUUCGAACUAUUAGAGACAACAAACCCAGUUCAUUCAUAAGACCAAUUGUUGAACUCAUUCCUCUCGUUCUUACUGAUGCAAAAUGACAGUCAGUUAUUUUUGCAACUUUAUACCAUCUUCUUGUUCAGUACAUGUAUAUUGCUAGAUAAGCAUAAAUUUUGUAUUUUUUGUGGUGAUUUUUUAAAAAAUCAGAAGGGGAGUGUCGUGUUUCCGGAAAUGUAACGGAGUUCACGUCUUUGUUUUUUAUCUUCUUGAUUUAUACACUUAUUUUUAUAUCCGGCACGUUUGGAAAAUUUGUUCAAGCAAAAUUUUGUACAAUUUCUCAUGAAAUUUGUAACUUCACGACACCAAAGCUUUUUCACCCUCUCCGGAGGUUUGUUUAUCAAGUAAAGAAUUUGAAGUCUUAUUAGUCUUUCUUGUGAGC